AGAUGAAAACAGAAAUUCGAAAUUCUCAGCGAAAUUCCGCUUCCAUCACCCGGCCAUGCAACUCACCUCCGUCCUCACAAAAAAGUGCUGCAUAACCAAACGAAAUCGCAAACACAGCAGAAAGAAACCAUAAUCAAACACACUAAGAAUAUUUGAAGCCCAAUGAUAGCUAACAUGAGAGAUGAAUUAGCACAGCUUGUUCAGACCACAAAACCAAAGAAGAAUGAGUACACCGACAUUGAUGGCUUCAAUUAUCGGCAAGGACAAUACAAUGAACGAAAGCAACAGCCAGGAGUUUUCCCAUGGAAAGCAGUGACGCUUGUAUCAAUCAUCUUUUUGGUUGCACUUGGAUUUUAUCAGAAAAAUGAUUCGAAUCCUUCGAAAUGGAUGUUAAGAAAAAGUCCAAAAUGCCAGUUUUGUCACCAGUCUCCACCAAAGUUACACCACGACAAGAGCUACACGAUUAAGAACGUAGCCGGACUUAGCACGGGCAACAGUGUUAGCGAGGAGAUUGUUGUGAUACCCAUGACAGUAACCUACGAGUACGAGUUAUACGAUGGACAAAGCUUAUUCACUGUUGCAAGUUCAGAACUUAUUCCGAACCUGGAUUUUGACUACGCGGUCCUUGGAAUGAGUACCGCCCGAAACAUCAACCGACAAACUGGAGAGCCUGUGUCUCUUGAUGAGGUCUACGUGCAUCAUUUCUCCAUUCCACCCAUCAACAUGAUCGGAGCUGAAGUCCUCACGCGCAACGCAAGCAUGCCUUACAUGAAAUUUCCCGACGGAUAUGCCCUGCAUGUAAUGGUGGAUGAAACCCCACACAUCACAACCAACGCUCACCUCUUGUCAAACAAGAACCUUGCCCCGAUCAAUGGUAGCUUAUCCCGUGCGCAUAAAGAAUGCAAUGAAUGCUUCUACGCACCAGGAAAGGGUUCUGAAUGCACGCCAGAAGCAUCUGGGACCUUCAAAUGUUGUGGAGAUAGCUAUGUUUGCACUACGGGCAGAGAAGAGUGCGCUUGUGCCACCCGGACCGAACGAGACACAUCACAAACCACGAAGUAUCGUUUCGAAAUAGAUCUCUUAAUCUCGAAAGACAUUAGCAGGUUCAAACGAGUUGACCAAUGGAACUUCGCUGCACCCGCUUGUGCUGUAAAUCUGUAUGGAGACAGCGUCUUUAAACAAUACGCACCGGGAAACUUUUGUUCCAACAUCACUGCAUCGCAAAGUUUGACCACUGGGGGGGGAUCUUUGUUUCAUUCCGUACCAGAAAAUAAUGCCAAUCCCUACCUGGAAACAAAGAUAAAUGUGAUUGCUCCUGCYGGAGGAAAACUGAUUUGGGCACAGAGUCAUCUGCAUACCGGGGCUAUCAAUGCAACCCUGCUUAUCAACGGGAAAGUAGUUUGUGCCAGUUCUGCCGUGUAUGGAACAGACUCCGACGAGACCGCUAAUGCUCGAAACGAGCAGAACCAUCUGAUCCAGAUUGGCUCGUGUUAUGAUGAAAUUGAAGAAGGGGGUAUACGCUUCGAGGAGGGCGACGUCUUCACAACUGAAAGUAUUUACUAUGGAGGCACCGACGACGAGCACAUGAGUGCAAUCGAAGCGGCAGGCGAACAUAAGAAUGUGAUGAGUAUGUUCUUCACGGGCAUUGACUUUGACGGAGACUCGGAUUUUUUAACAGAGAAUCGAACCUCUUUUAAUUUUUGGAACAAUUUUGUUCCGAUUGCUGGCYAUCGAAGACAACACAAAAACGGUUUCUUUUCUUCAUUAUUCCAUCGAUAAUCCAUCAUCUUGAGAAAUAGAAUUCCACACAGGAUAAAGGCAAUCUUAUUUGGAUUCAUUGGAGGCAACUGACAUACUACUAUUUCCUACCACCAUACAAUACAUAAAAUUAGAAAUU